AUGGCAGUUAUACCGGCUACAGAAAACCCUUCCCUCCCACCACGAGGCCACCCCGUCGGGAUAUCUGCACUCAUUGUAGGUGCCGGAGUCGCAGGACUUCUGUGCGCGCUUGAACUAUGGCGCCAAGGCAUUGAAGUCCAGAUCAUCGAACGAUCUCCCUCUCGAAACACCAGUGGCGAUGGAUUUAGUAUCUCCUACAACAUUAUACGCUCGUUACGUAACUGGCCUUACAUGGCCAAGAAAAACGAAGAGAUCGCCUUCCAUUCGUACCUCGCAUGGCACAACAAUAAGGGGGAACGAGUCACGGAGCCCAUCAAGCUGGAGAUCGAGGAGAGUAAAGGCCCGGGCAUAGAAGAAGAAGAAGAAGAAGAAAAAAGCGGCCCAUCUCACCAGGUGUACCGUCACUCUCGUCCCUUGUUUCAUCUUAUGCUGGAUACGCAGCUCCAAAUGAUCGGUUUGAAAGUGCAGUAUGGCAAGCGGGCUAUACGCUAUAUCGAUGAGGAUCCAGAACAAGGUACAAAGGCCGCCGUGGAACUAGACACGGGGGAAAUUAUCGAGGCAGAUGUCGUUAUUGCUGCGGAUGGAGUUGGUGGUCAUUCCACAAAGGCUACGUUGGGACACGAAGUACCUGCACGUUCGACGGGACACGCCAUUUACAGAGCAGCCUUUCCUGUCGAGAUUGUCUUGUCUGAUCCUGAACUUGCGGAAAGAUUCAAAUUGCUUCCAGAUGGUAGUCCGGUUGCAGAAUUAUGGAUUGGUGAAGGCAUCGCGGCCACAUUUGGACGAACCCAAUCUGAGAUGGGGUGGAGUCUUAGGCACAAGGCAUCUCAAGACUCAGCAGAGUCGUGGUCAAAGUAUAUUGCACCCCAACAAGUGAUCGAUGACACCACUUCAAAGAUCGAAGGAUGGCCUGAAUACGCAAAUCGCUUGAUUUUGAUGACUCCUAAGGACAAACUCCUCAACUUUGAGCUUGUCUGGCGUGAUCCACAGCCUAUUUGGACCUCGAAGAGUGGACGUAUAGUGCAGAUUGGCGAUGCAGCACACACAUUUCUUCCCUCUUCUGGCAACGGGGCCAAUCAAGCCCUGGAAGACGCGAUCUCACUCGCCAAAUGUCUGGCAAUUGCCGGCAAGGACAAUAUUGGAGAAGCGACUAAGGUGCACAACAAGCUUAGAUUCGAACGUGUAUCAUGCCUCCAAAAAGUAGGAAUCAUCAACCAAGCAACCGGAUACGGCCAGAAUGACAAGAACAAUCAAAUUGCCAGCGACUUCAAACCUAUACCCAAGUACGUAAAAGCGCUUAUGGCUCCGUGGGUAGUGAAACAUGACCCAGAACAAUACGCCGCAGAAAAGUACCAUAAGGCACUAGCUGCACUGAAAAGCGGGGAUCAAUUUGAGAGUACCAAUAUUCCAAGAGGAUAUGAUUCUAAGCCGUGGAACUUUGAAGAGCUUUUGAAAAUUGUGCAAGAAGGGGGCGAGAUGGAGCUGAAUGAAGAUUGGUAUAAAUGA